UGUCAACAUUUUCAGGAGUCAGCACGCGGCAUAAUGAUCCGUAAAGGAAAAAGAAAAAGCGCCACAGCUUGCUUGGCUAUUGGUUUUAUUCUGGCAUGUUAUUUGGCGAGAACGACAGACUGUUAUCGACUGAAGAAAACAGAAAGACGAGAAGGGCGAAAGGAAGCCGACGCAGCCAAAACGAUAGGUUUCCAAGAAGGGACAAUUGUGUUCGGGAGAGUUUUUGAGAAGGGCCUUGAGUCACAAGUCGUAGAUGGGACUAGGGAAGUCUCUUCAAAUGCUUCUGCGAAGGAUGAAGCGGCCUAUCAAGCGGAUUUUACAGGCUGGUCAAAAGGACAAGCACAUGAUACCAGCUUCCAAGAAGCAUCGUGGAAGCGCAUGGCGCCUUCCCUGCAGUGUGGUGCGGACCAGCUGAAGUUCAGAGCAGUGGGACCUGGAGCUUCACAGUUUGCAGUGGAACAAGGAAAUGCACCUCCAAUGCCUCUGUCCCAGGUCCCUUCCACCUGUGGCUACAGCAUGCAGAGGAACUCUCUUGCACUUGUGAUGUUGGUUCCAUUUGAUGGUUGCAAUAUGGUUCAAGAGGGUGGAAGUUACAUGCUGCCGAUGCGUUGGCAGGGAAUCCCAGUCUCACUCUUGUGCCCCAAACCUGUAACUCCUGCUGAGCCACAUCACCCUGUACCUGAGCCACCCAGGUACCCUCCAUCAUACCCUAAGGUGCCCCAGAUGCCUUUGAUGCCCCAAAUCCAGCACCCAGAGAUGAAUCCCAAAUUUCCCCCUUAUUUCUUUCCACCUUACUCACCUUAUCCUCAGUACCCUCCAGCAACAACCACGACAACCACAAAGAAACCAGAACAGAAACCACAAAUGCCUAAAAUUCCACAAUACCCCUCUUUCUUCCCCCAUUUUUAUCCCUACUUUCCUCCGCCGGUCACAACAGCAGCACCAACCACAACGGCUGCAACAACCACUAGCACUGCAAAGCCAGCAGCCACAGCUCCUCCCCCAGCAUUUCCUUUUCCUUUCUACCCACCUUUCUAUCCUCCCUUUCCUUGGCCCCUCCCUGGGCCUAUGCCAACAACUCCAGCAGCGACAACUACUCCUCCAACAACAACAAAAAAACCUGCUACUAAACCCCAAAUGCCACAGUUUCCACCCUUCUUUCCUGUCUAUCCUCCAUUUCCUCUCUAUCCUCCCUAUCCUUUCCCGCCCAAUCCUUAUUAUCCAACCUCUAAGCCACAGACGACAGCAACGACGACGGUGCCAACUACAACCACUGCAACCACCACAACAGUGAAAGCGGACCCCAUACUGACUCAAGUGCCACCACCUCAUCACCCACAUUUUCAUCCACAUGUCCACCUUCCACCGUUUCCAUUUUUACCAUAUCCCCCUAAUUAUCCUUCUCUUUCAGGCUAGCCUGCUGAAAUGUAUA